GCUAGCUGCCGUCGCCGGCGGCGUGUAAAGCGACGAGCCACGCGUACCUCCACAGCGCCUGGGCAUUGCUGUGUAUCGCCACUGAACGGUUAUCUACUUUGCGUGCGCUCCGGACGUCUUUCUAGCUCUGAGACCAAAAAGCUCUCUGGCACCAAAAAGCUGGCACUGCUCGCGGCGCAAAAAAAACCAUGCACGGUGUAAGAAAAGGCCCGCCGCCGCCGCCCGAGAAGGUCGCCGCGCGGCGCAAGAAGGCCGCGACCUACGCGGCCUUACUAAAGCACGCCCUCGCCGCGAAGCAGGCCCACAAGCACGACUCCGAGACUUAUGCUGUUGUUGAGAAAUUGUUGCUGGCGAGCCCGGACGUGCCCACCCUCUGGAAUUAUAGGAGGGAGAUGUUGCUGAGUAGGGAAGCGAAGACGGACGGCGGCCUUGAUGAGAACGAGACACAACUUGAGCUCGCGCUGACGCAGAAGUGCCUCAUGAAGCAGCCCAAGUCCUACGCGGCGUGGCACCAUCGGUUGUGGAUUGUAAGGCGGCGGCCGGCUCUCGCAAAAGAUGAAUUAGCGCUAUGCGCGGAAUUUCUCAAACUCGACGAGCGCAAUUUUCAUUGUUGGAACUAUCGGAGGAUGGUGGCUGAAAUGGCGGACGAGGCCGUCGAGGACACGCGGGCCUUCGCCCGGGAUCGGCUCCAGGUGAAUUUCAGCAACUACAGCGCGCACCACGCGCUGGCGAAGACGCUGCCUUCACAAAUGGACGCGGCGGCGGCGCGCGAGGAAUUAGGAAUAGCGCGCCAGGCCUUGUUUUGCGAGCCCGACGACCAGUCGACGUGGUGGUUUUCGUUUGAUGUGUUGCGGCGGUCGAACUACGCGACGGUCGACGAGGAGGUCGCGGCGCUCGAGGAGCUGCGAAGCUUGGAGCCAUCUGCGCGGUGGCCGCAGAUGGCGCUCCUGCGGCUGCGCCUCGCGCGCGGCGGGCCCGGAGACGCGGAGGCGGCGGCGGAGCUGCGCGACGCACUUGUUGCUUCGGAUCCCGACCACGCGGGGAUGUACGGGGAGAAGUUGCCGGAGGAGUUCUUCCGCGCUUCUUCUUCCUAGUAAAUGUAGUAUCUUUGUCGCGUUUAAUG